UCUUCAACUUCAGAUAACGAAAAGUGCGUUUUACUUUUCAAACAAAUAAACUUUUGUUGGAUUUUUUCCCACAAACUUCAUCUACAGAAUGUACCUAUGUGGGUAGGAUACAAUGCAAAGAUUUCUAACGAUAAUUCAACUAUUCAAAAAAUAGAUUAUUUGACCCAAAUCAAUGAUUCUCCUACAGAUCCACGAGUCAUAAAAGAAACAAUGCGUCUUAGCUUAAAAAUUGCUUCUGAGUGUGGAAAAAAAUACUUCAAUGUUACUUAUGAUUUGGCCAUUGCUAAAAUAGCUUUAAAAAUUCAAUCAGCUGAAGAAGAAUUCAAAAAUCUAUUUAUUCAUUUAGGAUCAUUUCACAUUAUGCUAUCGUUUUUUAAAGCUGUAGGCAAAUUCAUUAAUGGAUGUGGUUUAACAAACAUGCUUGUUGAUGCCGAAGUUUUAGCGAAUGGAUCUAUAAAUACAUUUCUUACUGGUAAACAUUUUAAUCGCUGCUGUAAAAUUCAUCCAAUAAUUUCACUUGCACUUCAACUAUUGCACGUAGAAUUUUUUUUAGAAAAUAAACAGUAUGAUUUAGAAACAAUUAAAACCUACUUAAAACAUUACUCAGAAAAUGAAAAUGAAAAUCCAGUGAUAAAUAAUGAAUUAUGUCACAAAAUUUUUGAAGAUUAUGCACAAUUUAAGAAAGAUACUUUACAAGGGAACCAUGGAAAGACACCUCAAAUUUUUAUGAUGUACAUACAAUUGAUAGAUUAUUACCUAAUGCUUGAAUUUAGUAUCCGAACUGCUAAUUUUGACAUUUACAAAUAUGUCUUGGAAAAAAUGACAAACAUUUUUUUCGCUUUCAAUCAUCAAAAUUAUGCCAGAUACUUAACCAUAUAUUUAAACAAAUUAGAAAAGAUUGAAGAAACUCAUCCUGGUUUGAUACAAGAGUACGGAGAUUGCUUCUUUGGCAUAAGAAGGACCACAAAGCCAUUUUCAAGAAACCCCAUCGACAUAACACUAGAACAGACUAUAAAUGCACAUGCUGCUUCUAGAUCAUCAGGCAUUAUAAAUAUGACAAAUUCUGUGGGUGCUCGGCAAAAAUGGGCUAUUACCCAUUCACUGCGUACUAACAUGAUUUCGAAAUUAAUGGAUUUCUGCAAUUUGUAUUCAAAGGAUGAUAUAACCAAAGAUUUAAGGAAAUCUUCUAUCUGUCACAGCAAUAAAAAUGUUGAAAAUUUGUUAACUAUAAUACAGCAAUGUACGAAUCCUUUUUCAAGCAAUUUAUCUCAAGAGAAUUUGUACAAUAUAUCUUCAGGGCAAUCAGUAUCUGAAGAUAUUUACACAUUCUUAUCUAAUAUUGAAACUACAGGAGAGCUGCAACGAAUUAAAUUUAUUACUGAAUCUCAAAUAGACCCAGAAAGGUUUGACAAGGCUAUUUUAAAAAACACUGUUGUUAAUUUUGCUUCAAAAUGUGUCAAAAAAGUAAAAAUUAAUGGAAAAGUCAAAGAAGUUACCAUUCAAAGAGACAUUUUUGGAAGAUUAUUGUAUGCGUCGCUGCAAAGCCAUAUAGAUCUAAAAGAAGCGUUGAAAUAUCCGCUGACGCCUAUUCCAUUUUCUUUAUGCCACUCUGACGGAUCUAUUUGUAAAACCCAAAAAUCAGUGAUUUUCGAGGAGUUGAAGUCAUAUCAGGAAGAGAAUGGCAAUCCUCCGAAAGCCGAUAUCCAUAUCUACGAUGGCUUCUAUUUGCUCCACACAUUGAAAAAUGUACCUAAUACAUACGGGAAAAUUUCAAUGUAUAUUUUUAAGCUGUUGGUAUCAGAUAAAAAAGAAGUCCACAUUAUAUUUGACAAAUUCAACGAUCCAAGUAUAAAAGAUUAUGAACACCGCCAAAGAGGAGAGGAUGAUACCGUUCAUAGCGUGCAUAAAAACAAUAAGCGACCCUCUGAUUUUGGGAAACUGUUAAGAAGUAAAAAUUUCAAAGAAAGUUUCGUUGAAUUUUUAAUCGAUGAUUGGACUGAUGAUUGUUUUGUUAUUUUAUGCCAAGAUAAAAUAGUCAAGUUAAGUUAUGGAACUUCCUGUUACUCUUACCAAGUACAUGAAAAUCAUAUUAAAAAAACUACAGAUUACAACUUAUGUUGCUUUCACGAAGAAGCAGAUACCAAGAUUAUGUACCACAUAUGCCAACUGCCUAAUAAUUACAACGUUGAAGUCCAUUGCACUGACUCGGAUAUACCAGUAAUUAUUCUUGCAAAUAUGAAAUAUUUAAAAGCAGAUAUUCAAAUUACGGUAAAUAUGUGUUCGAACAAAAAAAGAGAGUAUUUGAAUAUGAAUAAAAUUUACCAAGGAUUAGGUGACAAAUUAGCAAGAGCCCUAACCGUUUGUCACAUAUUUACGGGUAAUGAUUUUAAUCCAGCUUUUUACAGAAAAGGGAAAAAAAGACCAUUUGCCAUACUAAAAAAAAACAAUCGUAUCAAGAUGCUUUUAUGCAGCUACUAGAAACGGUGCCGAAAUAUUUGGAUACAGAACACGAAGUAUUUAAAUCUAUUGAAGAGUAUGUAUGCCAAAUAUAUAGUUUAAAUACAAAAAAUGAUAUCGAUAAAGGCAGAUUCGAAGUAUUUGAAAGAAAAUAUAAAAAUAAAAAUGAAAAUGACAAAAUUUGGAGAAAAAACCUAAAAGGGUUCGACGCAUCAAAUCUUCCACCAACCAAAAAAGAGUUAUUGCAACAUAUAAAACGAACCAUUUAUAUCAGUAACGUGUGGUGCAAUGCUCACCUGAGGCGACCUACAGACCUUGAUAUUCAAGAGUGCGGGUGGUUAAAUAUCGAUGGCAGCUUUGAGUUUUUUUGGUUCGAUGGCGAGCAGUGUCCCACAUUCCGAGAGAUAGCUGCUCAUUCAGUUUCCACUUCUGAUGAUCAGGAUGAGGGGGAGCCGUCUUCCGAUGAGAGUGAAGAUGAACAAAAUUUGUACCUAUCUGAAGAUUCAGAAUUUGAAGAUAACGAUAAUUAAUCAACAAUUUAUGUAUUUUUAAGAAUUAUUUGUUACAUAAUAUUUGAUGUUUUUUUCAUUGUAUAUGUAUACAAGAAUAAAAAAACUGCUAAACGCCGUAAAAAUGAGUGGCGCAUACAAUAUUCCAGCUACAAAUGAACUGAUAUAAAUAUUACGUGGCGCAAGAAUGUAUUUUCAUUUUGAUCGAAAAUAAAAUUCUAGUUUUAUUUUAAAAGAUGUUUCCAUAAUCAUGCUCAUUUGUAGCUGGAAUAUUGUAUGCGCCACUUAUUUUUACAGCGUUUAGCAAUUUUUUUAUUCUUGUAUCAGGAGUUUUUCAAAGUUAUUUAUAAAUUAAAUGUAUGA